AUGGCUCGUAAUCGUUAUACAUUCUUUGCUGAAGUCGCCAAGAAACAAGGUUACGAACAAAUUGCUAAUAUAUUCAUCGAAACAGCCGAGAAUGAGAAAGUUCACGCAGACUACUUCUGGAGCUUGAUCAAAGGUCUUGGCUCUGUCAAGAUUGAAAUGGAGGUUCCAGAAUAUGGUGUGAAUGACACACUUACAAACCUUCGUAAUGCUGCAGCUGGUGAAUACGCCGAGCACACAUCAGAAUACCCGCAUUUCGCAGAUGUUGCAGAGAAGGAAGGUUUUCCUAAAAUUGCUAAUUCUUUCUGUGGAAUUGCCACAGUAGAAAAAGAACACGAAAUGCGCUUCAAUACACUUGCCAAGCAAGUUGAAACAUCAUCUGUCUUCAAGCGCGAGACAGUUGUUGCAUGGAAGUGCCGCUAUUGUGGUGCAAUUGUAAGAGCUAAAGAAACUCCAGAGAGAUGUCCAGUUUGCUUCAAGCCACAGGGCUUCUUCGAAAUUAAGGAAACUAUUUAA